UUCGAACAGAGAUACAAAAGAAAGGGGAUUGGAAACGAAAUUUUUACGAAAUUUUUGCGUGAAGCAUUCCGCGUUAUAGGGCGUGGCUAAAACUACAAAGGAUUAUAUUUAUAGUCAGCAUGCUCAUUACCAGUCUUGACUGCUCUACAAUGUGCUGUACAUAGAAACAGUGAAAUUGAUCAUUUUUAAUGUUGAUUUUUCUAAAAAGUAAAGAGAAUUUAGCUCUAAAAAGUCGACUAAGCCAUGCAGCCACUAUUACUAGACAAAUAAAUGCUAUGCAAGAAGAAAUAGCCUUUACUAUGAAGUCGUAGGAGGGACAGGCCCGUGGCGUGUCUAAAAGUAUACUAAAGCAGUUUGAAGGACUAUACUGCAAACGUUUAUGAACAGUACAGCUUAUCUAUAGCAUGAAGCCAUUCUAUGUAGCACUUAGAUACAUAAUAACCAAGUCAAGCAAUGUCCUUUGCUGUUUUGACUUCACAGGAGGGACAGAGAAAAGUUGACAUAGAGUAAUUCAAGCUAAACUCAAAAAAAUUGGAAACAGAGUAAAGACAACGGACUUAGAGCUUGUCAGUGGUAUAAGCUUACUUCUCUCAAGUAUCUCCCAGGCCCUGAGUGAUCUCUAGUGGAUAGGAGAGCUAGAAACCAGGGAUAUAAAACUUUUCCAUGUAAUUAUUUGCGAGCGCAAUAAUUACACGGAGUGCUUCACCGGAUGUCAGUCCUUUUACAUAGGGCGUGGGCGGUCGUUUCCAAUCCCCUUUCUUUUGUACAUGUAUCUCUGAUUCGAAGGACUGCCCUAAAAAGGUCAAAGGUCAUCUCACAUGCACUCUAUUUAAAUCAAACGGCAAAUGAAUAACUUAAUCUUGCAGCUACAAAAAGAUAUACAACUAACAAGAGCUUUAAAGAAUGGCUAACAUGGAUGACCCAGCUCUGGAGCGUCACUUUAAGGGCCACAGAGACACAGUCACCAGUGUAUCCUUCAACCCGAACAUGAAGCAGUUGGCUACCGGCUCCAUGGACUCUUGUCUCAUGGUCUGGCACUUCAAGCCACAGGCCAGGGCCUAUCGAUUCGUUGGUCACAAGGAUGCCAUUCUCUCGGUGGCGUUCUCUCCCUCUGGACAACUGGUGGCCUCUGCCUCUAGGGACAAGACUGUUCGACUGUGGAUACCCAGCGUCAAGGGAGAGUCGACAGUGUUCAAGGCUCACACUGCCUCUGUGCGCUGUGUAGACUUUGCCAGUGACAGUCUAUCUCUCCUCACAGCCUCUGAUGACAAAACUGUCAAGGUGUGGAGUGUCAGUCGUCAGAAGUAUCAGUUCACGUUGAGUGGGCACAGUAAUUGGGUCCGUAGUGCCAAGUUCUCACCAGAUGGUCGCCUCAUUCUCUCGGGGAGUGAUGACAAAACAGUGCGACUCUGGGACCGUACCAACAAGGACUGUGUGCAGACCUUCUAUGAGCACGGAGGGUUUGUGAACACUGUGGCCUUUCAUCCUGAUGGUAACUGUAUCGCUGUAGGAACCACUGACAACGUUAUCAAGAUUUGGGAUGUGAGAGUCAACAAGCUUCUGCAGCAUUAUUCUGCUCACGGUGGAGCAGUCAAUGGGUUGACCUUUCACCCCUCCGGUAACUACCUCCUCUCAGGAUCAUCAGACAACACUCUCAAAAUAUUUGAUCUGGUUGAGGGUCGUCCAUUCUACACCCUCCACGGUCACAAGGGCCCGGUGAUGGGAGUGGAAUUCUCACCCUCUGGAGAAUUCUUCUCAUCCGUGGGAGCAGAUGAACAAGUACUUGUGUGGAAGACCAACUUUGACAAAGCCGACUACAAAGACACUCUCCACUCACAUGGCAGGACUCCCGUCCCCUCACGCCCACACACACACGACCCUCCAAAUGUGGGGAUGGUGGUCACAACUCAUACACAUCAGAACAAGCCACGCCCACAAGAACUGGACCCCACUCGUACGCCCACAGAUCGCAUGACCCCUGUACCACACGUCGUCAACGUAGGGCCGCAGAUGUUCCACAAACCAACCCCACAAUUCAUUGAGCCCACCCCCCUAAUAAAUGGAGGUGUGGACAAGAGUGAGACCACACCCCUCGAAGUGAUGACAAUGUCCCCACAGUUGACCAACACCUUGGAACACAUUGUGGGACAACUAGACAUCCUGACACAGACUGUGUCCAUUCUCGAGGAGCGACUGACAAUGACAGAGAACAAAUUAAAGGAAUGUCUGGACAACCAACAAAGAAUAACUCUGCAGAUACAACCAACUAGCUAGCAUAAUAUCACACACUACACAACACACACACACACACACACAUGUACACACACUAUCUCAUUGUACAUGCACAUAAUUACAAUGUAUAUUGCUUUUUAUUAUCCUUAAUUAAUAUCCAAUUUAUAACAGUCAUUGUGGCCUGACCUCGAUGAGUGAUUGGCAUGCAUGUUUCGCUUUCGCUCAAAAAGAGUGUUAUAAUUAUAUAGAAGAGGUUGUGUAUAAUUAUUGUUGGUAAAUUAGCUUCCCCUGCAAGCAAGACAUGAAGACCUAAAAGCUACACAGUAUAAUCCUCGACUGAGAGGUGAGGCUAAUUUAUGAGACUAGACCAGCCCCACCCUCCUUGAAGCUGAGGUCGAGGACAGUGAGUGAGCAUGUCUUCUUCUAUGAUCAGCUCGGUUGGUCUGCUCUCCCUUCUACUUGUGCUCGCAGCUAGCUCACAGAAGUCCCCUUCUGGUUAUAGCCUGACAUUCUUACUCACGGUCAACGAUACUUGGUAUCCGUGUCUACAGACGGUCAAGACUCCGCCUCUCAAGCCGGACCAGCUGUGGAACGAGACCCAGUCGAUAGUUGUGGGAAAGUGUGACCAUGGACCACUUACAUUCACUAUUGCUGAUAAAGGCAACGGCAAGAGCUCUGUCACGAUUACCUUCUUCUCGGUAUUAGGUGCAUCACCCCCGUCAUGCAAGAUAGAAUGGAACUACAGCUACAAGGAACCAAAGACGACCGACCCCACCGAGUCACUGCUACCCGGCUGCUUCCUUGCUGAAUCCAGGGAGGGCUAUCACUUGACCUACUACUGGUUUCACAUCCUGGACUGGAGGCUCUGAGGGUCCCCUCAUAACUCUAUGCUUUGUGUUAUGUACAUUACUUUAUAUGUCGUGCUUUUUUGCAAAAUUGACCUUAGGCCACAACAAGAGGUAGUUCUGUUUCUGGUCAGGUUGCUUGCCUGAUUACGUGAGGCCAGGAGGGACAACAGCAACUGAGCCACACAUAUUUGCAGUGUCAUCACUUUUUUAUUUUUCACAGUUUGUCUUUAAAAACGGUUUACAACACAAUAAUAACAUCUAAAUAACAUACAGGAAGAGGUAUUUUAGGCUUUGGCAACCAGAACAUUGAACUGAGAAUUGUCUCUAUAUCAAACACCUAUAAAUUAUGUCAUUGCACUAGCUUGAGCCAUUGUACGUGCUCGCUCUGUAUCAAAGCAAAAUGAGACCACAUAAUUAUUGUUUUAGCAUAAUAACAUCUUUCACUGCAAAAUACAAGAUAGUAUAAUACAUUAAUACAAGAUACAAGCACUAGCUUACUGAAUAUUGAAGUGUUGUAUAGGUGCUGUACAUGCAAUACCCACUCAACCUAAAGUGAGUGGGUGUGGUUUGCGCAUGCGCAUUAGGUGUGUUGCUGAAAAAACAGCCCAGUGAAAUAUUGAGCGGCGGAUGGACCAGAAACAGAACUACCUCUUGUUGUGGCCUUAUGAAAGAACUGGCAGGAGGGAGGUGGACUGUAGUUGUGCAAUGCGCUGUUUGCACAGAUGCAAUCCUGGUAUCCCUGAAGGGGAAAACCUUGCGAGCAAGACCAGCCCCACCCCUCCUUCCCCAGGACAAACCUUCUGCUAUCUGUAUAGAUCUACAUGUGCAGAAAAGAUCAUGUCUUCUUCUAUCAGCUCGAUUGGUCUGCUCUCCCUUCUAUUUGUGCUUGCAGCUAGCUCACCAAACUCCCCCCCAAAAGUGACGAGCGUAACAUUCCUACUCACAGUCAACGAUACUUGGUAUCCGGAUGAGUACCACAAGAAAUGUCUACAGACAGUCAAAACUCCACCCCUCCUGCCGGACCAGCGAUGGAACGAGACUCAGUCGAUAGCUGUGGGGGACUGUGACCAAGGACCACUUAUAUACACUGUCACCGACGAAGGUAACGGCAAGAGCUCUGUCAUAGUAACCUUCUUCUCCUCGGUGAUAAACGAUGCAUCGCACCCGUCAUGCAAGAUAGAGUGGAACUACAACUACAAGGAACCAAAUACGACCGACCCCACUGAGUCACUGCUACCUGGCUGCUUCGUUGAAGACUCCAGGGAGGGCUAUCACAUGACCUACUACUGGUUUCACAUCCUGGACUGGAGGCUCUGAGGGUCCCCUCAUAACUCUAUGCUUUGUGUUACGUACAUUACUUUAUAUGUGGUGGUUUUUUUUUGCAAAAAUUGA